UCUCUCUGUUUUAUAUCGCUAAUCCGUGGACUCGAAGCGAAGGCACAUCGUGAGAAGCACGAGAAAUAAAAAGAGAGGGGGGAGAAGAGAGAGAGGAGAUGGACUUGUACCAGGAGUUUCUCCUCACCGCGCUCGUCUCGCUCCUCCUCGCCUUCCUCCUCGGCAAGCUCGCCGGCGCCGGCGAACCCGAGAAGGUCCCCGCCGUCGCCGCCGACGGAGGGCUCGACCGGGUCGAGGAGAGCUCUCCUUCCCUCGACGAGGCAGGCGACGAAGCUACCGAACUCAGAUUGGGGGGAACCCUUGCGAAGGCGAUGGAUUCGGUGGUGGAGAUCGAGAGGAUCGGCGCGGAUCCCGCCGCGGAUGAGAUCAAAGAGGUGGUGGCGGAGGAGGAGGAGGAGGAGGAGGAGGUUCGGGAGGAGAAGGGGCGGUCUCUGCUCCACGGGGAGGACGAGUGGGAGGGGAUCGAGAGGAGCGAGCUCGAGUUGCUCUUCGAUUUCGCCGUCAAGUAUGCGAGUAGCGAGAGCGGUGCGGAGGCGGUGGCGAAGCUCGGCAAUGGCGCUCGGAUGCGGUUGUACGGGCUUUGCAAGGUCGCGACGGAGGGGCCGUGCUACGAGCCGCAGCCCAUGGCGUUGAAGGUCGCCUCCCGUGCCAAAUGGAAUGCUUGGCAGAGACUGGGUAACAUGAAUCCAGAGACGGCUAUGGAGCAAUAUGUCACUCUUCUUUCUGAAAGCAUUCCUGGAUGGACGGGUGAAAAAAUCAGAGAGGAUGCCACAAACUCUGAUGGCAAUGAUUCUUUGUUUACGGUGGUCUCUGCAACAGAGACACCUGUUACAAGUUCAACUAUCCACCACCAUCCAGAGCCUGCUGUUGAAAGAUUACUAGAAGAUUCUUCUUCCAUUGGAAUUGAUAAUGCAGGCAUUGGUCAGAAAUUUUCCGACCAAGGACACUCAAAAAUUUCCUGUUUAACCUGCACUCUCCGACAAGAGCUACAUUCUUAACUUUUCGUCCGUAAGAUGGACUUGUCCUGCUUCUGAGGAUUCGGAUAAACUGUGCUGCAGCUUUCCUUAGAAGAAGCACUUCCUAAUUAUAUCAUUGCAAUGCUUGUUCGGCAUGUAAAUUAUAUAGCAUUUUAGAUGCAUGUACAUAAAAUGUUCCCCCGUGCGUAUUGCAUUCUUCAUUUUACUGUGUCCAGCUUCUCUCAUUAGAGAAAUUAUCUCAGAUGAUUUCUACGAGUUCUGUGAAAUAAAAAAGAAGAAAUGCUUCUUAACUUACAAUGCAA